GGUUCCUUUUUCCUCGCUCAAGAUGGCGCUGCUCGCGAUACAUUCCUGGCGCUGGGCAGCCGCGGCGGUCGCUUUCGAAAAGCACAAGCAUUCGGCAGUUCUGACCCGGGCUCUAGUCUCCAUGUGCGGCUCAGGCCCGCGAUGGAGUUCGUCCCAGCGCGGCGCGUCAGGAAGCGCUCGGCUGUCCCAGACUACAGAAUCAUUAAGAAAUACUACACAGCAGAGAUGGGGAAAAGACAACUCCAGACAGUUACUAGAUGCUACAAAGGCUCUCCAGACAUGGCCAUUGAUAGAAAAGAGAACAUGUUGGCAUGGGCACGCAGGAGGAGGACUCCACACAGACCCAAAAGAAGGGUUAAAGGAUGUUGAUACUAGAAAAAUCAUCAAAGCCAUGCUUUCUUAUGUGUGGCCUGAAGAUAGGCCAGAUCUACGAGCCAGAGUUGCCAUCUCCCUGGGAUUUUUGGGUGGUGCAAAGGCCAUGAAUAUUGUGGUUCCUUUCAUGUUUAAAUAUGCUGUAGACAGCCUCAACCAGAUGUCGGGAAACAUGCUGAACCUGAGUGAUGCACCAAAUACAGUUGCAACCAUGGCAACAGCAGUUCUGAUUGGCUAUGGUGUAUCAAGAGCCGGAGCUGCCUUUUUCAAUGAAGUUCGAAAUGCAGUAUUUGGCAAAGUAGCACAAAAUUCAAUACGAAGAAUAGCCAAAAAUGUAUUUCUCCAUCUCCACAACUUGGAUCUGGGUUUCCAUCUGAGCAGACAGACAGGAGCUUUAUCUAAGGCUAUUGACAGAGGAACAAGGGGCAUUAGUUUUGUCCUCAGUGCGUUAGUAUUUAAUCUUCUCCCUAUUGUGUUUGAGAUGAUGCUUGUCAGUAGUGUUUUGUAUUACAAAUGUGGUGCCCAGUUUGCAUUGGUAACCCUAGGAACACUUGGUGCAUAUACAGCAUUCACAGUUGCAGUUACACGGUGGAGAACUAGAUUUAGAAUAGAAAUGAACAAAGCAGAUAACGAUGCAGGUAAUGCUGCUAUCGACUCACUGCUGAAUUAUGAAACUGUGAAGUAUUUUAAUAAUGAAAAAUAUGAAGCACAAAGAUAUGAUGGAUUCCUGAAGACAUAUGAGACUGCUUCAUUGAAAAGUACCUCUACUCUGGCAAUGCUGAAUUUUGGCCAAAAUGCUAUUUUCAGUGUCGGAUUAACAGCUAUAAUGGUGCUUGCCAGUCAGGGAAUUGUGGCAGGUGCCCUUACUGUUGGAGAUCUAGUGAUGGUGAAUGGACUGCUUUUUCAACUGUCAUUACCCCUUAACUUCCUGGGAACUGUAUAUAGAGAGACAAGACAAGCACUCAUAGAUAUGAACACCUUGUUUACUCUGCUCAAGGUAGACACACGGAUUAAAGACAAAGUGAUGGCACCUCCCCUUCAAAUAACACCACAGACAGCCACGGUGGCCUUUGAUAAUGUGCAUUUUGAAUACAUCGAAGGACAGAAAGUCCUUAAUGGAGUAUCUUUUGAAGUCCCUGCAGGAAAGAAAGUGGCCAUUGUAGGAGGUAGUGGGUCAGGAAAAAGCACGAUAGUGAGGCUGCUGUUUCGCUUCUAUGAGCCUCAAAAGGGUAGCAUUUACCUUGCUGGUCAAAAUUUACAAGAUGUGAGCCUGGAAAGUCUUCGGCGGGCAGUGGGAGUAGUACCUCAGGAUGCUGUCCUCUUCCAUAAUACCAUCUACUACAACCUCUUAUAUGGAAACAUCAAUGCUUCACCUGAGGAAGUAUAUGCAGUCGCAAAAUUAGCUGGUCUUCAUGAUGCAAUUCUUCGAAUGCCACAUGGAUAUGACACACAAGUAGGAGAACGAGGACUCAAGCUAUCAGGCGGAGAAAAGCAGAGGGUAGCAAUUGCAAGAGCCAUUUUGAAGAAUCCCCCAGUUAUUCUCUAUGAUGAAGCUACUUCAUCAUUAGAUUCAAUUACUGAAGAGACUAUUCUUGGUGCCAUGAGAGAUGUGGUCAAGCACAGAACUUCUAUUUUCAUUGCACAUAGAUUGUCAACAGUGGUUGAUGCAGAUGAAAUCAUUGUCCUGAGCCAGGGGAAGGUAGCUGAACGUGGUACCCACUAUGGUCUGCUUGCUAACUCUAGCAGUAUCUAUUCAGAGAUGUGGCAUACACAGAGCAACCGUGUACAGAACCAGGAUAGCCUCGGAUGGGAUGCAAAGAAAGAGAGUCUCUCCAAAGAGGAGGAAAGAAAGAAGCUCCAAGAAGAAAUUGUCAACAGUGUGAAAGGCUGUGGAAAUUGUUCCUGCUAAGGAACACAGACAUUUUCUUAUCUCUCUUUUUGUUGUCUUGUUUGGUUUUGUUUGGCAUUAGCAUUUGCACUGAAGUAGAACCAGGUCACAAAAACACAAAUCAUACAUUCCCAUUCCUUUAAUCCUAUUAAAUAUGAUUUAUUUAAAGGAGGGUUGGAUUUUUAUGUCUUUCACCAUCUUUUGAAUGUGACAUCUAUAAUUAUCCCCAAAUUAUUUUCUUGUUCCUGCCCCAAGCGUGCUCAAUACAUAAUUUUUGUUACCACUUGAUUUUACCUUACAACUGUGUUUGAAGUCUGACAUCCAUUUGAUAUCAAUAACGAGGUGAAUUAGAGUGUUUCUGAAUUUAAGUAGUCUUUAAAAACCUCCUUUAUGCUGACAAGUUGUAAGGAGACCAUUUUUUUUCUCUUAAAAUUAAACAGGAAUAAAAACAGAAGUGUAGGGGUUUUUUUCUCCUCUUUCCUCCUUCCAGUUAUAUUUCCUUGUCAAUCUGAAAAUUAGUUUGAAAACAUAUAAGUUAGAAUUUAUCAAAAAAUGAGCUAUAUUUGUACUUUGGGCAUUUUACUUUUAGAUACCUAUAAUUACAGUUUUUUAUUGUGCCCUUUUUAGAAAAAAAGUCAUGUUAUCUUUAAUCACCACUGUUGCUCUUAUCUAGUGAUUAGUAUUUUGUUUUUACCCCCAAAAGUUUUGUUUUAAAUGAAAAUUAAUUUUUCUCUAAAGUCUCAUGAACCUUGAUGUCAUUUGAGAGUUAUUUAUACUGAGAAUGAUCCCAAAAGCUUAGGGAGUUAAUAGCCUUUCCUAUUUCCAACUUCAGUGCACUGCAUUGGCUAUCAAGUUAUACAGAGACAGAAGUAAAAUGGAUGUUGUACACCCACACAUGUGUCUGUGUACACGCUCAUACAUUUAUCUAAACCAGUGUCCACAUAACAACUCCUUAAAACAUUUGGUAAAAAGCAAAGGAUUCCAUAUAUACAUACACUGUUUAGAUGACCAGGUAUCUUAAUCUAUAGUGAUACUUCAGAAUUGCUGUUUACUAUAAGGCUUUUUCUUAUUCGUAAUUUAAUGAAUUCUGUUCAGCCUAAUGUAAAAAAAGACUUAAGUGAUAUAUUCAAGUUUUACUGAGAUAAAAUAGGAAAUUAUUUUACAUAUUAGAAAUAAUUAUUAAAACGAGAUACACAUUUCACUUAAAAAGUUGUUCUUGGGCUGGUGAGAUGGCUCAGCUGGUAAGAGCACCCAACUGUUCUUCCAAAGGUCCUGAGUUCAAAUCCCAGCAACUACAUGGUGGCUCACAACCAUUCAUAAGGAAAUCUGAUGCCCUCUUCUGGAGUGUAUGAAGACAGCUACAGUGAACUUACAUAUAAUAAAUAAAUAAAUCGGUUUUUUUAUUUUAAAUUGUUCUUUUAAGCUAGGCAUGGUACUAUGCACCAGGAGCCACAUCAGGAAAUUGAAGUCAGGAAUUUGAGGCUAUCCUGGACAAUAUAGGAAGACCCUGUCUCUUAAAGCUGAAAAAGAAAGAAAGUUCUUCUCUUGAUUCAGUAUGAAUUAAAUUUGUUCAAAACACAUGUCUAUCGUGACUUGCCACAUAAUCAUUUGUAAUGUGGUUUGAUUUCUCAGGAAAGGUCCUAAACUGCCUAUAACGUUAUGGUUUUAAUGUUAAUGAUAAUUUAGUAUGGGAGAGAUUAUUAUUUUUUGAUUUGUAAAUUAGUAUUAGUUAAUGAAUAUCUUCAAUUAUAUUACAAUAGUUUGAUAAACUGAGGCCAGUAUUUCAUUUAGUCUUUGAUAGCAAAGUAAGUUAUGUGGGAUCUUGCUUUUAAAGUUGAAGGUAUGUCCUGGACUGGAAACCAGCUUUGGUUUGGUUUGUUGGUAUUUCUUACUUUCAAGACAUAGGUAUGAGUGCUGUUCUCAAGGGGAGAUGGAGUACAUCCUUUGAAUAAGUCAGGUCCGUUCUAGGAGAUGUGGUUAAAUGUAUAUAAACGUCUUGCUUCUGUGUUAAUUCCUAUGUUUACACUGAUGCUGAUGGAGAUGAUGAAACUCAGUUACACAGACAAGCAGUGUGUACUAAUCAUUAGGAAGAAUUGUUCUUGACAUGUAUACAGCAGUGUUCAAAGCAAGUUAUUUUGUGAUAUGGAGAACAUUUUACUCCAGGGAAGUAGGAAUAUUUUCAGGGUAGGGAUAAUUUCCCCACUAGGAUUUUGAAACUUUUUUUUUUCAUAUGAUUGCAGAUGGUCCCAAGGCCACUGUAGUCAUUAACCUGUUAUCAGCUAACAAAACUUAAAUUACCUGAAAAAGACACUUGGUGCAGAGGCCAUAACUAAGUCUUAAAGACAUCUUUUUAAAAACUACAUCAUCCUUAGGUAGUUCUAUAGAGGGAAAUAAUAGACAGAUUAAGAUGAAAGAAAAGCUUUCUGGGAUGAUUCAGUUAUAGGAAAUGCCAAGAAAAGGGCAUUUAAUUAUAAUAUCCUAAUUUUACAUCACAACAUUACAGAAUUACACAAAAGGAUAAUGUGUGUAUUUUUUUUAAAUUAGUGUUGCAGGAAUGUUCUUUUAAAUGUACUAGGGGAUGAAUAAUUUGAGCUCUGAAAAUAGAGGAAGAUGAUGGGGUUCAUUUCUCACCUCUCUUUAUUUUAAAUAUUAAAAAAUAUAUUUUCUUCCUAAAGGAAUUCCAGUUUACAAAAGUUAACUUGAAACCAAGGUAAUUUAGGAUUAUAAAAACGGGGCCAGAUGCCUUCCUGAUCGCUCUUAACAUAGGACUGUCUUGGUAUGCAGAUGGGCUUCUUUGUGAUCAGGGAGAGCUUCGCAUCUGGACAUGAACAAGCUCAAGAUAUGCAUUCCCUUUUCCUCUGCAGGGAUUUGCGUCUUUUAUAUACCUUAAGAGAAACAUUUUGUCUUUCCCCUCUAUGUUGACAGAUCUCAGUUUGAGUGGAUGGUUGUUUUUUAAAACUUGUUUUGCUCUAAGUGCUAGGUAUUUAAAAACUGUGUGAUUCCUUGGUUCUAGAGCCUUUUCCCUGCUGCCAUCUUGUUGCUAUCCUUCCUACUUGCUGAAUAUGUCACCAAGUAGCAACCUUUGCUAGAAUAUAUUCCUAAUUUCCUCAUCUUGUAACUUAUUACAGGGUAUUCUGUUGUGAAUUAGCAGUUUAGAGUGUUUAAAUAUGUUUGUAAUUAUAGUUUGUUUUUAAUUAUAGAAAAAUUCCUUCUUUUCCCCUCUAUGAGUGUAUUGAUUUGGAAUGUAAAUUGUAUGAUAAAUCAUAACAUUGAGUGAAACACUCUGGAUAAAGCUGAUUAAGACAAAACAUCUCAGCCAAGCAUUUACCUUAGCACAGUUCUCUUGUUUAUAGCAACCUAUGCAGAUAAUCACUACUGAAUAAACAUAAUGUCUUUGUGCCUAGAAAUGAGUGUCUGGUGGAAAUCACUUUUCUGCAAUGUUCAUGGAAGCUGAUUUUUGUACCUUAUACACUUGAAAUAAAUACAGGUAAUUACUAGC